UUCAUUUCCUACCCACCAACAGCUCAGACCGACAGCUGGCGAAGUGGCACUACGCAUUACUCCAUCGUUCUCAAGUACAUGGUACUAAAGUCAUCCGAUAAGUGGACUAAGAAACUCUUAAAAAGUGAAAAAAGUAAACGGAGGACUAUAUACUACAUGAGGGAAAAUGAUGUUAAAUGAAAGUUGUGAGAAGAAAUAUUGACGAUGUUGACCGACGUACUACAGAGCUGGAGGAGGCAGUGGUUUCAUUGACCAUGGUGGUCAGUGUUGCUUGUGUUGGUUGGCUGAAUACACACGGACAAUAGUUGACCAGAUUUAUGACCAUGCCCAGCUUCACAAUGUUAUCUGAGACGGAGAGUUCCAGUUCCGGAUCCGGCAGAAUGGAACGAAUCAAACCGGAAAAGAUACCACGACAAAGAGUACAAAAAAUAUGGCGGAACGUCCGGUGGGCGACAGGGUUUCCGGACGAGACUGUUCACAUUGAAGCGAAUGACAUAACUCCUCAUGUGGCCCUCCGUAAAGUGGCGCUGUUAUUUGAGACAAAGAAAUACGAGGAAUGUGCGACACUUAUCAGGAAAAUGAAUUAUGUGACUUUGGGGAGCAUUCUGGCGGAAGUUCCUUUGGAGGUUCUUUACGAUUCCAUGCCAUACAGUCUAACAAUCCUAGAGACACUCUACGUGAAACUCUACGAUACUAGUAACGAGAACUUCCCGAAAGACCAACUGUGCUUGGAUCAGUUGUUGAAACGAAUGGUUGUAUGUUUUGCAAAGCUGUCCCAAAACCAAACAAAGGCAGAAAAGUAUGAUAUAAAGUAUUAUCCUUCGUGUAGAAAUAUCUUACGUGUGGUUUUGUCGGUGGAACCUCAGGUGAAACGUCAGAUGAGACAGAAAAGACGUGCGUUGGACAGGUGUCUUAAACAUCUAGGCCAGCACGGACUAGUUGACUGCUCAAAUGGACAUCUGAUGCAACUCCAUGACGCCAUGAAACUACAACUUGAACAGAUAGUGUCGAACUAUCGAAGUGCUUUAGUGACACUUGACGAGCUGAGUCUUGUAACAUCUAAACACCCGUCCUCUAGAUCCGUGACAUUCGGAAAAGCACCAAGUGCCGCAAGCCAUCAGAGACUCAUGCAAGUGACGCGUACAGACGUUCAAAGUCGAAUCAUUAAAAAUAGAACUGUUUAUGAUAUCAUGGAACCAACACUUACAAACCAAUGUCUGAAAAAACUGAUGACGAUUCUAGAAAAAAGGAUCGAGUAUGAUAAACUGGCCCUUUUUCAUGACACUGAGCUACGGAAAUUGUGCGAAGGGCUUCCGGAGGAGAUGUCAAUGUGUAUGACCUUGAGGCUUUUUGCUCAAGGUUACGGUGUUGUGUGUCAGCUCCUUAAGGAGGUGUCUGAAGAAGACGAUGGUGUAACUGAAGAUGAAGGAGGUCAGUCGACGGACGAUGAGUUACUUUCACCAAUCCCACAUAUGGACAGGAUUAAAACAUUACCUGGACAGAUGAAUGGCUUUCACAAUUACAGAGGCAGCGGUGGCAGCACAAGUCGUCUACGAAAUGGGACAGGGAGAAAAAAUACAGGACUGAGGCCUUCUAUAAUAUCCGGCCCGUUUCCGAUGAAGCCGGAUCAAAAUGGAAUCCGGAACGGUCAUGCAAACCUUGUGCCACACUCUCUACAGUACACUGUCAUACCUGUGCUCAAUGGAGAUACCAAACACUCGAAUUCAAAUUCUGAUCAUGUAACCACCAAUGGAAACCAUGAACCUGAUCAGCAUAAACUUGAUAUCGAGAGGCUUGAGCGGGAAGUUGAUCAUCUCCGAACAGAGUUACAAAACAGCACUGAAGUCAUUGAACAGUUACAGGACAAAGAACGGGAACUGAACACCAGGCUUGCCAACUAUGCGCCAUUGUCUAAUGAUGAAACAGAAAACGGCUUUACGCAGUCGCAGGAGUGGGUUGGACACUACGCAGCCCUUUACUCCCACGGACGGAUCGACGCACUGAAGACGCUUAAUUGCCUGGAACAGCUAGACAACCUAACCGCUCUGAAGGAUAAAAUAAUCUUUUCAGUCAUAGUUCUGGCGUUUCGGGCGACGCAACAAUCUGUUCAUGAAAUCCGCGGGAAACUACGCCAUUUGUUAAAUCUUCCCCACCCGGAUAUCCGGUCAAAUCCACAGGUGCCAGUUCAGCAGCAAAUGGACCGUCAGAUCGGACAGUAUCUCGCCGCAACUGCUGAUAGAUUUGAUCUUUCUGACGUUAUUAAGGAGGUGUGUACUCAGAUCUACGCUACACUCUAUGAUUACCCGUGCCUUAAGGAAUGUGACGGCCUCAGGGAUUACAUCACUUCCUGUGUCCGUGUUGCCUGGGGACUUGCAGUUCAGAACCCCCCUUACUUCUUAUCGUACGACUCCAGAAGAUUCAACCCAAAUCUCCACACUCGUGUAGAAGCUUGUGAUAAUCAAAACCCGGACAUUUUCUCGUUUAUGUGGCCUGCGCUCACAGAAGGAUACGGCGGACCUGUUGUGCAAAAAGCGUUUGUGAUCACGUGACACAUCGCUACCGGAAAUACGAAACUAGCCUAUUGAAUCACACUGUGCAUAUGAUUGCAAUGAAAACAGACUUUCCUUGUGAUAAUUUUAUGACUGUUACAAGCAUUGAACGUCUACAGAUAUAUUCUACACAACUGAUCAUGCGCUGAAAACAUAUUUAUUUUUUAUAUCAUUUUACAAAUAAUGAAUCGCUCUAUUUUGUGACGUCACUUAGGAACAGAGACAUGAACAAUGUCUGACGUAUUUAUUGCAAUGAAAUUAAUGUUGAUUAUUGACUCUCCAGCUCAUCACACAUUUUCGUAACGCCUGAAAUGUUUACUGCUGGGCAGACGUUUUGGUGACGAAACUUGAAAGUUGUUUGUGGACCUGUUUUCUUACAUAAUAUAAUUGUCUUCUGCAACAAUAAUUAUCAUGCCUAUGCAUUUUUGUUUUAUAUGACGUCAUAGAUACUACGCGAUUAUUGUGCAGGCAUACACAUCAUAUCAUACGCGCAUGCGUGGAUAUAUCGGUCAGAUAUAAUUAUAAACUCGUACUAUCUCUCGAUGCUAUUAAAGACACACCGUCUCGUAUAGAACAUUUUACGCAUUUUUUUCCACCAUUUGCUUCCGGAAAACUUGAGCCAAACAAUAAUGGCGAUCACAAGUAUGUCUAAAAGUAAGGUACACAUGAUAAGCACAGCUACUAUUGCGUAUACCGAAGUAAAACUGUUCGGAACAUAUUCACGGCUCAUUUCGUCGAUUUUGUUAGAGGAUAAGAACCGAAGGGUUCCGGGCAAACAAAGUUUUUGGUUACCUGAAUAUACAUCAGUUUGUAAAACUUGAUACAUCGUCCAGUAAGUACACGUAAUACACAUGUUAGUUUUCAUGUUCAACGUCAGCUGUUUAUACUCUAGGCUUUCUGAUAAAAACAGAACGCCAUGGACAAUAUAAACUGAUUCGUGACAAUUAUCUUAUUUUCAAAAUGACCUUCAUUGACAGUUUAGCUGGUUUAUCAAGCUGCAAGAGUUUAAUACAUCUAUUAUAUGUAAAUUAUAUACGUGUGGUACAUAGCAAAUUGAAUCUGAGAACUGAUAUUGUACUAUACAAUUUUUAAUUCCGUACCGGAUCACAUAUUUGUGUGAUACAAUGAGAACUAGAAUACCAUCAGUUACGUAGUGGCCCAACAGUGAAUGCUGGGUAUUAAAUAGUAAGAUUCGUGUAUUUGAUGGUGGCAAAUUUGAAAGUAGUGUUAUGUUAGCUAACAUCAGGUGUAAAAACUACCCCCAAAACGUCAUGAGUCAUAGUAUACUGUACAUGUACAUAUUUUGGCGAACUUGCAUCUUAGCGAAUCAUGAAAUUAACACAGAUUAGCGCAAAAUUGAACUUACGCAGCCCAAAAUAAUCUCCGCGGAAAACAAUAUACAUCAACUGCGAUAAGCGUUAUCUUAAUUUAUCGAAAUUAUGUCAAAGCGAAAACCGCCCCAGCUUACUAACCGUUGAAAUAAGACUACCACAAAAUCGUGAAUGAUUUUAGUAUGUACAUGCUUGAAGGAAGUGAAAAACUAAAAGACAGAACGUACAUAUUAUGCGUCAGUUUGUGAAGCUAGAAUAGUCUCAUUGUUAAUAGUGCUUUUAAUGUUUUCGUGUGUUUUUUUUACAUUUUACCAUUUCAUUAUAAAUCAAUAUGAUUUAAAGAUGAAUUGAAUAAUUUAUAUUGAUCGAAGAAUCAG